CGCUCCCUGCUGCUCCCCAGGUGUCCGCCGGGACGCCGCCUCCUCCCUGCAGCCCUCCCUGAACCGAAGCCUUGAAGCCGGUUGGGCGCCCAGUGCCCGAGCCUGUACCCCUCGGCCACCCGGCCUGGUGACAUGGAAGCCGGUGUUACCAGACUUCUCCUGGCAUGGCCGUCUGGCCUGCGGUUCCGACUCUCCUCCCGAUGGCCCCGUCAUCACGGAGGGAGCGGGCCCAGGGGCGGAGGUGCCAACUCCAGGGAAUUCAAGGGUCCUGCCACCCUGCAGCGUCCCCACGUCCCACUCCCGACACUGGCGUCCUGGGAGCAGCUUCCCCAGCCGGAUCCCAGGUGGCCAGGACUCCACAGCCCCCUCCGCUGUCCCGGCCUCCUCCUGGACCCCUGGGAUGACCCCUCGGGUCCCUGACCUCGCCCCAAGGUGACUCGAGGCCUCCGGAUCUGGCCGCCUGCUCCUCCCGGGUCCCCGUCUCCCACCCAGGACCAGCCUCGCGGCCCCUCGCACGCAGCCUGGCGCUCUCUGGCUCCCUCGGCCGCGCCUGCCUGGGAAUCCGGCCCAGAGGCCGCCCAGGGCCGCGUCUGCCUGCCUGUCCCCACCGGGCUCGGAACCCCACAUGGAGCUCGGCACGGUCCCCUCCGCCCCCACCUCGCCGCGGCCCGGGCCGGAUGAUGGAGCCUCUGGGAAGGAGGAAGCUAAAGAUGCAAAGGUGCCCGUGAAAUCCCUGGUGACAGCCGUGACCGCUGAGGCUCCACCAAUUAAACACGGAGCUUUAACGGCCUGGAACACACCUGGGGCACGUGCGGCGGCUCCGCCCGACAGGCGUGCACCAGGCGAGCACGCGCAGGCUCAGCAGGCCCGGGGAGGGGGAGGCCGGGCUGGCAGCCCCCAGCUCAAGGGCAGGAGCCGGGGGUGCGGGCGGCUCCUUCCCAGCCUGCACCCUGGUGGCCUCCCGCCCGGGACAUGCCAUGACGGACGUCUGCAGCUCUCUCACCCCACAUCCCCGCGAGAGGCCUGGAUGGGGGCCGGAAGCUCUUCAAGUCCCAUCUCCCUCGUCCCCCAGCACAGUCUUGGACUCCCAGCCCGGUGCCCGGCCCGCAGCAGCAGGGGCAGAACGGUCAGCUGAGUACAUCCAAGUGCCUUGAAAAUGUCUGAGGACCUCGUGGCUGGUCUGAGUCCCACCAAAAGCCCGGACGGGGAGUCUGGGCCCUGCUCUGGCCUUGCCUCCCACUCCGCUGUGUCCCAGCGCCUGGUUGCCUUGUCCGAAGCUUCUCCACCUGCGCUGGCGCCUCCUGUGCGUCUGAGACGCUCCCUCUAGCGCUAGCAAAGCCCGUCUCCUCCUGUUGUCUCUCUAAACCCAGUGACCCCUCUCGCCUUCCCUCCGAGUGCCGCCUUUCCAUCUCAGUUCAGCUCCUUUUGCCCUGACCAGGUCCGUCUGUAAUGGAUGAUAAGAAGCAAAGCGUCGAGAACUUUUAAAGUUCUUAAGAAGAAAAACCUCCCAUUCACCCCUGCCCGGCAUAGCUGGGAACAAGACCAAACCCCAGAGGAUUUUCUGUAGUGGAAUAGGUCAGACUGGUGGGGGGACAGGUAAUGGUGGAGAGAAGGCAGGCAGGCAGGGUAGGGUGACAGCCCCCGAGGGGGACUGGCAGCAGGGAGUGUCCUGAAGGGGGACAGGCAGACACCGCCAGGGGAAAUUCAAGUGCAAGCCAUUGGCAAAGAGCAGACUCAGGCAGAGUGCCAGGCCUGGGUUUCGGGGACCCUGGUGACAUGUCUGGAGAGGUGGAAGGGGCAGAUGGCACAUUGGGGGGGUAUGUGAGUAGUCACUUCGGGACUCCAUUUUGCUUGUCUGUAAAAUGGGGACAGUGCUGGUGGCCUCCUCGUAGGGUGGUUUAAGGAUGAACUGAAUCAAUGUCAACAUGGCCCUUAAAGCGAGCCAGCAGAGGGGCCCGCUGUGGUGCUGGUGUCCUGUGUUGGUGGCGUCACUCGGGCCUUGCUGGUUUGGAGCAGGAUAGGGGGCUGCCCGUCACCACAUCCCCACCACACUCCGUGGGGAAGUUCUCAUCCUGAUUUGCAGAGGAGGCCUGGAGGGCUGAGGUCAGUGGUCCUGGGCCACAGGACAGCAGAGGGACAAGGACCUGAAGCCCACAUCUGACCCCAGAGCUCCUGCUCAGCCCUCCGCCAGUCACCUUCCCGCACUCUCCUGCCUCCCACAAGUCCAUGGCUCUUGUCCCCUAGGGAAGAGGACGGAGCCGUGGGGUGGAGGGACCCUGGCCUGGUGGGGCUGGAGGCUGGCCCCUCAAGCCUGCUGAGGGGACUCCAGCUGGUGACCACAGUGACUGGGUGUGGCUGGGGCCUGGCUGGAGGCCGUGACCCUACCCAGAGCUUCUGCCCGGCUCCAUUCCCACAGCGCCUGCUGGGGCCUCAAAGACAGGACCGGACAAGUUCUAGCAGCUUCCCCCACACUCUGAUCUGAAUUCCAGGCGCUGGUGUGUGAUUUUCAGGUGACAACUCCAAGGGACUGGGCUCAGCUGUCAUCCUGGGGGCUGCUGCCUGCCGCCUUCCCCAGGAGGAGGAGCCGGGCUCAUCUGAAGCUCCAGGGGAGAGCACAGAUGGGGACGGGAGAAAGGGCGGUGGCAGGGAGGGGACACGGGAGCAGAGCCAGGGACGGAGAGAGGAGAGCGGGAAGGAGAGGCAGAGAAGGAGCGUGGGAGGAGCGGGCCCAGGGAGACCCGAGGGGAGAGGCUGGGGAGGCGGCGGGUGGGGGAGAAAGCCAGGAGACAGACAGACGGACAGAAGCUGGCAGCCCCAGCCAGACUGAGCCCGAGGCUGGACAGAGGGAGGCCUGUGCAGAGACAGUGCAGACGGAGCUUCCAGGGAGACUGGGGAGCCGGGAAAGAGCAGGGCAGGGACCAAGAGGUGGCCGAGGAGGACAGAGUGAGUGCAAAACCCAGGGCCUCCCAGUGCCUACCCUGGCCCCAGGUCCCUGCAGGAACAGGACAGGCCAGAUGCAGAGGGCGGGCAGGGGGCUGGGAGGAAAGCCACCUCGGGUCCCCACCCCCAGCCUGGCCCAGGGCCACUGUCCUGCUCUGCACUGGUCUUCCUCCCUGGCCCCCCACAACUGGGCAAGAAGGGGCUCUAAUGCCCAAAGCCACAGCCAGGCGUGCAAGGCGCUCCACCCUGCACGCGCGCGCGCACACACACACACACACGCACACACACAGGGUGGCUGGGAAGGAAGAGCGUACCUGAGAAGGACCAGGAGCAAGGAAAGGGGUGGCUUCCUUCUCACCUCAAGUUCCUCCUCUGAAAGUCAGGACAGGAUGUCACACACUCCCCAAGAGCCUCAGGAGGCGGAGCUGGUGGGCUGGUGGGCGAGGGCAGGGCUCAGCCCAGCUCCGCUCCCAGCGAGGGGCCCCACCGCCAGGAACCAGGUGCUGAGAGCUGCUGGCCCCUUGGCUCCGCUGCCUCCCAGGGAGAGGAGGCCAGUGUGCCUCCCUCCCCACUGCCUCCCAGGCUGAGCGGGAAGCCUUUGAGACCAGGCAGGACUCCGCCAGUCCCCAGCCCAGCUUUGAGUGUCGAGGCCUGGCACUGCCCUCCGUACUGGCCCUGGGCCAGGAGGGGGGCAGUGGGAGAGGAAGCAGGGCUCUAGGAAGGAGCCGCCAGUCGCCCGGAUGGACAGGAGCGAAGACAGGCCAGAGGAGAAGCUAGGCCAGCGCCGUCCCAGAUGGCAGCCACCAGCCACCACGGCCACCCAGCUCUUGAAAGGCGGGCCGUCUGCGUUGAGGAAGACCCGCAUGGCGUGUGGCUUGGGCUGCGUUUCCACCAGGCGCCUUGUCCAGCUCCACCAUACCAGCGGGGAGACCGAGGCGCAGAGGAGGGACCCGCUGCCGGUCUCGGGCUCGGGGACAGGGCUGCCUCCUUAGGACUGGGUGAGAAGCAGAACCUGGGCGUGCACUGCCGGGAGGGUUGGGGCUCGACCAGAUUCCUGCUCGCGGAGGGUCCCGGCCCCAGCCCAGCCUGGCCACACCAAGGAUGGGCCAGGAUCAGUGACCCCGAGCCACCGAGGGGGCUGGACGGCUGUGCCGUGGACCAGCGUCUGCAGUUCUUCCCGCGUGGAUAAAGAUGGGACAGGGAUACUGAAAGCAUGGCCGCCCCAACCCAGGCCCGCAGGGACCCAGAGGAAGGCCGCACCGAGAACAGAGCCCGCAUCUUGAGCCGGCGCUGGCCGGGUGUCCUUGGACGGCCUCUGGGGGCGGCACCGGCUUUAACUGAUGUUAAAGGGGGUGAACUUGGGGGUCAGGUGAAUGUGGUCACCAGGCUCUGUCACUUGUCGGUCCUGAGCCAACCUCUUGGGGCCCCACUUCCUGCCUCAGCGGGCGGCUGGGAGGACCAGCCUGUGUUCAGCCCCUGGGAAGGGCAGUUCAGACGCUAAGCACUGUGACAAAGUGACAGGUGGCCAAGAGCAGGGAGAGCGCGUGGCCGCCCCAGCAGUGUGGAAGGGGCCGCUCUGCACAGGCCGUGUGCGGCUGGAGCCGGGACAGAGGCGCCCUGGGCUCUUCCAGCAGAGCCCAGGCUCUGACGUCAGACCUCUGGACAUCCAUCCCAGGUCCUGCCCAGCACUGUGACCUCGGGUGUCACCUCCAGGGCUCCCGGGCUGCACCGUCCACGGGGACGGCAGACCCAGGAGGCUCCCUGCCUGGCCCGCGGUGGUGGCGGUAGUCUCGCCCCAGGCCGCCCCUGUGCUGGCGAAGCAGCAGAGCUCCAGGUCCAGGGUUGGGCACAGGGGUGGCUCAGAAAGCAGGACAGGAGCGGGCAGCUGAGCUGUUGGGGGACCGGGUUUGACAGCUGGACAGUGAGGGACACGGCCAGGUGGAGCCGGGGCCAGGCAGGCUGGCAGGUCAGCCUCAGAGGCCCUUCUGGCUGACUAAGCCGUGCACUUCAUCUCAGGUGCUGGGCAGAGUAGGGGGGACCGGGCAGGCUACAGUGUGGUCAGCUCUGUCCUGAGCGGGUCCCUCCGACAGUCGAGAGGCUGGUGAGGACAGCUUGGGACCUUCCAGCUUCCUCAGGGCCCCGGCCGCCGGUCGUCUCCUCCCUGGCCCCCCCAGAGGAGGGUGGGACCAGCUGAGCAGGCAGCCCCCCCGCCGCGGGGCCGAGCACCUCCUCCCAGCCCUCCGCCAGCCUGAGCGCCCGGCUCUCCUGCCUUCGGCCCACUUGCCAGAGCCUCAUGUACAACCUGGUGACCUGGAGCAAGUGGCGGACUUCUCUGCGCCUCCAUCUCCUCAUUCGAAAUGAGGCAGAACCCCCUUCCCACAGGGGCAGGCCCUGCCUGGGGGCCAGGACCCAGGGCUUCCCCGGCCAUCAACCCGCAGGUGAGGUGGGUGGUGCUCCCCUCCCAUUUUAGAGAUGGGGACGUCGGGCGUCGAGGGAGGUGGCCUGCCAAGGACACUCAGCACCAGGGCUGCAGCUGGAAGCGGGACUCCGUUUGGGCCCCUGGUCUAGGACGGUCACUAAGCCAGGGCCCCGCCUCCCUGAGGGGGAAGCUCCUGCGGGCGGGCGGGCGAGGAGCAGGCUUGAGCUGCCGCCUGGCCUCCUCUCACCCUGCUCUGCACCCUGCCCAGCCCAAGGGCCCAGGCUGGAAGCUGGGAUCGCAGGCUGGACCGGCAGGUCAGCCUCAGGCCCUGUGCCCUGCCUGGCCCACGUUCCCCAGCCUUCCUGAUGCGGAGCCUCCUGGUGAGGCUCCUGUCGGGAGUAAAACCUCGCUUUUCCUCCCGCGCUCCACCUGGACGGCGGGCUCGGCGAGGUGGUGUCCCUGAGCUUGCCCCUUCCUCCCCAGCCCCGGGCUGUGGCCGCUGCCAUCUGUGGCCUCAGGAGCGCGCCCCAGCCCGUCCUCCCCUUCCCUCGCCUGCCUCUUCCCGGGCUGAUUCCCCAGGGUCCUUGAAGAUGUCCCCCUCGAGUGGAAUCCGACCCAUGGACAGGCUGUGUGGGGGGGCGCCGCGUGAGCGUCUGUGCUUGUCAAAAUCAAGCCACCCCGAGGGCCAGUCCGUGCCCCCUGAGGCUGUGGCCCUCAGCCCUGGUCACUCCGUCUGGUGUCCAUUCCUUCGCCCCCGGUUACCUCUUCCCAGUGGAGCUUGGGAAAUGGACGCAGGGCCCAUGUGCUGCUCAGGGGAGUGCAGGGUGGGCACGCUGACCUUGCUCAGGUUGUUGGGUCCAGGACCUAGGGGGACGCAGGGGGCAGAAGCUGGAGGAAGGGGCCUCAGCAUGGGUCACCACCCCUGCGGAGGGAGCGUGAGGCCACGUGGUGCUCCUCCGCAAUCCCCCGGGCUGGCCGGGUGUGGACGGGUCAGACGCGCCAGGCGUGCUGCACGCACAGGUGGACGGGGGCGGAAGGAUGGAUGGGCAGACCGUGCCUGGUGUCCUCCCGGGCUGAGGAGGCCUGACCACGAGCUGCAGCUGGGUCUCCAGGACUCGGAGGAUGUGGGGCCCAGGCCCUGGGUGACCGCGACCGCCGACUCCAGACCCAAGCGCCUUGGGUCUCCAGUGCGCCUUACCUGGCGCACCCUCACCUUCCCGACUGCCUUCUUGGGAGGCACGGCAGGCCCCCACGCUCGCCCGGAAGCCUCGGAUCGUCCCUGCAUCCUUUAUCCUCAAAGGCCACGUCCGAUCCUUCCGCAGACCCGGGCUCCUUGGCCCCGCUCCCCACCUCCCCGCUGAGCCGUGGAGCCACCCGGCUCACAAGCCACGCCCUUCCCGCUACAGCCUCACUUUCACUUUUACGAGACUCUGCUGUGAGGAGAUGCUGCAGGAGCCCCUAGGCCACCCCCAGACCCAACCCUGCCCUGCAUGGCGCCUCUGUUCAACCACCUCCACUGGUCACAUCCGUAAAAUGACCCAGAAGGUUCCACGUAAUCUGGGCCCUGCCUAGUUUUCUAGCUUUGUCUGCUACUCCUCUCUCCCUUGCCCAGUCUGUGCUGGCAGCAUGGAUCAUGCCAGGAUCCUUCCACAUGAGGAAUUCAGGGCCAUGCAUAUUCCUGCCUCAGGACCCUUGUGCUGGCUGUUCCCUCUUCCAGGAAUGUUUUCCUUGAGAUGUUCAUGUGGCCACUCCCUCACGUCAUUUAGUCCGUGAGGCCUUUCCUGGUGACGCUGUCCGUUGCAGUGUGGACAUGGUGAGUGUGCCCAGAGUUCUAGGUCUCCAUCUGGCAGUGUUGAGCUGGGGAUCCUUCAGGAGGCGGGGCCGAGGGAAGGGCAUUAGGUCAUGGGGCGCAGCCCUGGGAAGGGAUUCAUGCUGGUCUCGUGCAGUUUGCUCUCAAGAGGAAGAGGUGGUUCUGAAGUGAGGCUUCUGCAUGUGGCGAUCACGCUGUGACGGAGCCACAGGGACCCUCACCGGAGGCUGCACGGGUGCGGCCACCUAUGUUUGCACUUUCUGCCUCCAAAACUGUAUGUUCAGUAAACCUCAUUUCUUUGCUUUA